AUGGCCCCCAUUGCUCUGGAGCCGACUCCUGUUGCAUUUCAUGGACUGACGAACAAGACAUCACAUGGAAAUGCUCCUAUAGUAAAAACGCUGCCAAAGAACUCCAAGACCAUAGCAGAUUAUCGGGGAUACGACCACGUUGCUUGGUGGGUUGGAAACGCAAAACAGGCGGCAGCGUUCUAUGUCACUCGAAUGGGCUUCGAGAGGAUCGCGUAUCGUGGGUUAGAGACAGACUCUAGAGUGACUGCCUCUCAUGUUAUUCGGAAUGGGGAUGUUACCUUCGUGCUUACCUCACCAUUGCAUGCGCCAGAUGCGAAAGUCACCUGGCUCAGUGAUGAUGACAGGGCACAGCUGAGAGUAAUCCACGACCACUUGAGAGCCCACGGAGACGCUGUUCGCGAUGUUGCUUUUGAGGUGGAUGAUGUUGUCGCAGUGUACGAUGCUGCGGUCGAAAAGGGCGCAGACCCAGUCGAAGCUCCAAAAACAGUUCACGACAGUUAUGGGACAGCAUUGCUUGGUUCCAUUAAGACAUACGGCGAUACGAUCCAUACCCUGGUUGAGCGAAGCAGAUACUCCGGAGUAUUUCUGCCCGGUUAUCGAGCUGUGACAGAGGUCGAAAAGACAGCUAAGUACCUCCCUCGAGUAGAUUUACUCGCUAUUGAUCAUUGUGUCGGCAACCAGGAUUGGGACGAGAUGGAAGCCGCCUGCGACUACUAUGAAAGGACACUGGGUUUCCACAGGUUCUGGUCAGUCGAUGACAAGGAUAUUUGUACCGACUAUUCCGCGCUCAAGUCGGUGGUGAUGGCGAGCCCUGAUGAGAAGAUCAAGAUGCCCAUUAAUGAGCCGGCGAAGGGUAUUCGGAAAUCGCAAAUUGAAGAGUACGUCGACUUUUACAAUGGUGCCGGUGUUCAGCACAUUGCUCUGAGGACAGACGACAUCAUUGCAACGGUCACGAACCUGAAAGAGAGGGGGAUCGAGUUUAUUAGCGUACCGGACACUUACUAUGAGGCCAUGUCGAAGCGGCUUGCACAAGCUGGCAUGAAGCUGGACGAGGACUUUGCCGCACUGAAGGAGCUCGGAAUCCUGAUUGACUUUGACGAGGGCGGGUAUUUGUUGCAGCUCUUCACUAAGCAUCUGAUGGACCGACCGACUGUGUUCAUCGAGAUCAUUCAACGGAACAACUUCUCAGGGUUCGGUGCAGGUAAUUUCAGGGCACUUUUCGAAGCAAUUGAGAGGGAGCAGAUGCUGCGGGGCACUCUAUGA